AUGCUGCUGCGCCUGCUGCUGGCCUGGGCCGCCGCGGCGCCCGCGCUGGGCCAGGCGCCCUGGGCCCCGGAGCCCCGCGCCGCCUGCAGCCCCGAUGGCUGCUACGCGCUCUUCCCGCGGCGCGGCACCUUCCUGGAGGCCUGGCGGGCUUGCCGCGAGCUGGGGGGCGACCUGGCCACGCCGCGGACCCCCGAGGAGGCCCAGCGCCUGGGCAGCCUGGUGGGCGCCGGCCCGGCCAGCGGGCUGCUGUGGAUCGGCCUGCAGCGGCAGGCCCGGCAAUGCCAGCCGCAGCGCCCGCUGCGCGGCUUCACGUGGACCACGGGCGACCAGGACACGGCCUUCACCAACUGGGCGCAGCCCGCCUCCGGCGCGCCCUGCCGGGCCCAGCGCUGCGCCGCCCUGGAGGCCGCCGGCGAGCACCGCUGGCUGGAAGGCUCCUGCACGCUGGCCGUGGACGGCUACCUGUGCCAGUUCGGCUUCGAGGGCUCCUGCCCGGCGCUGCCGGAGGAGGCCGGCCAGGCCGGCCCCGCCGUCUACACCACGCCCUUCCAGCUGGUCUCCACCGAGCUCCAGUGGCUGCCCUUCGGCUCGGUGGCCGCCGUGCCCUGCCGGACGGGCAGGGAGGCCUCGGUGCUGUGCGUGCGGCAGCCGGGGGGCGGGGUGAGCUGGUCGCGGGCCGGGCCGCUGUGCCCGGGCGCCGGCGGCUGCAGCCCGGACAACGGGGGCUGCGAGCAGGAGUGCGUGGAGGAGGCGGACGGCCUGGUGUCCUGCCGCUGCUCCGAGGGCUUCCGGCUGGCGGCCGACGGGCGCGGCUGCGAGGACCCCUGCGCCCAGGCGCCCUGCGAGCAGCAGUGUGAGCCCGCCGGGCCCCUGGGCUACAGCUGCCACUGCCGCCUGGGCUUCCGGCCGGCGGAGGACGAGCCGCACCGCUGCCUGGACACCGACGAGUGCCAGAUCGCCGGCGUGUGCCAGCAGAUGUGCGUCAACUACGUCGGCGGCUUCGAGUGCUACUGCAGCGAGGGCCACGAGCUGGAGGCCGACGGCAUCAGCUGCAGUCCCGCCGGGGGCGCGGGGGCCCGGGCCUCCCAGGGCCUCGGGGAGCAGCUGCUGGAGGACGGAGAGGACGCAGAGGACGAAGACGACGGCGGUGAGGCCUGGGAGGACUUCGAUGACGGCUGGACAGACAUGCCCGGGGUGCCGUGGAUGGGGGCCACACGGCCCCCCGACUUCGGCCUGGCCUACGGGCCUCGCUUCCCCGAGGACCGGGAGCCACAGAUGCUCUACCUGGACCCCACCUGGCCUCCCCCGCUCGGUGCCCCCAGGGCCCCCCAUCACUCCUCGGUGCUCUCCGUCACCCGGCCCGUGGUGGUCUCGGCCACACGCCCGACACUGCCCUCUGCCCACCAACCUUCUAUCAUCUCCGCCACACGCCCACCCCUGGCCCCGGCCCCGGGGCACCCUAGGGUCCCUGCCAUGCACCCAGCUCUGCGCCCUGACCACCCGUUCCCCGUGAUCUCCGUCAACUACCCAGAUCUGCCCUCUGUCCGCCAACCUCCCGUUACCCCUGCCCCUAGCCCAGCCCGGCCCCCUGCCCCUCAGCACCCUAGGGUCCCGGCCAUGCACCCAGCUUUGCAGCCUGAUCAGCGGUUCCCCAAGAUCUCCGUCAACUACCCAGAUCUGCCCUCUGUCCGCCAACCUCCUGUUAACCCUGCCUCUAGCCCAGCCUGGCUCCCUGCCCCUCAGCCCCCAGCCAUCUCAGCCCAACACCCUGAACUGCCCACUGCCCCCCAGUCUCCCAUGUUCCCAGACGCCCAGGUGGCUGGCUCCCAGGCCACCACCCAUUGGCCUGGAAUCCCAGCUGGCCACACCCCCCUGGCCACCGCCCCCAGUGCUCACCAGUCCCCUGUGACCGCAGAUGUCCCGGCUCUCAGAGCCCGGGCCACCCACCUUCCCAGAACCUCCGCUCUCCAGCCUUCUCUGAGCACUACCUCCAGCUCCCCCUCGGACCCUGCCCGUCGAGUCCCUGUGCCUGCUGCCGCCCAGCCCCCAGGCCUCCCCACCCCCCUGCCCCCUCAGAGCCCCACCAACCGGAGUGCCCCGUCCAGCCCCGCACACACUUCCUCCAAAGCCCCGCAGGUCCCGAGAGCGGGCGCCUCUCCUCCCACGCUGACCCCAAUGCCCUCAGCAACCCCCGCAGCGGCCCCCACGGCCCUGGGGGAGGCCAGUCCUGCGGGCCGGAGCCGGAGGGAUGACCGGUGGCUGCUGGUGGCACUCCUGGUGCCCACGUGCGUCUUCCUGGUGGUCCUGCUCGCCCUGGGCAUCGUGUACUGCACCCGCUGCGGCCCCCACGCGCCCAACAAGCACAUCACGGACUGCUACCGCUGGGUCACUCACUCGGGGAGCAAGGGCCCCCCAGAACCCACGCCCCACCGGGGCAGCCUCACGGGCGUGCAGACCUGCAGAACCAGCGUGUGA